AGCAAUUUGUAAUCAAAGGUUGCCAUACAUUUUUGAUAUUUCUGUCACGUCGCCUUAUAAAAAUUCCUUUACAUUUUUACGUCCUUCAGUUUGAGGCCAAACUUCCUGUUUAACUCAAAAAUGUCGAGAGCUCACUGUCCAAACUCCUGGGGAGCUACGACAGAUGCAGGGGGCAGUCAGAGUAAUCAGGUGCCAUUCACCUCUGGAUUCAGCAAGAUGCUGAUGAAAAGCACUCCCCACUUUGGUUCCCUGAGUCAGCACUCGUUCUUCUCCCGUCAAAACCCCCAUCCGCACAGGGUGAGACACAUUCAAGGACUCAGUGGUCGGCCCAUUUGCAUGGCGAGAGAUGACUGGUUUGUCACUUCAUCAUUAUUUCCUCAUCCGCUUCUCAAGAAAGCACCCGAGUCAGCUGCUUUCUCAUUUGCUUCAAAUCGUUACGGAGGCCGUGGAAACAAAAACAAAUCAGCAUUGUUCUCAGAGGCCUGGAGGGAUGAACUCAGAGACCUUGCUGCAAAAGUUAGUAUUUCUUCUCAAACCCAACAGAGCUACAAAGAGGUUGAUGGUAUGCUGUCACGUUCUCAGGUUCUUGAGCUACAUUGCCAGAUCUUGCAGACAGACUCUCUGUCUGCGGUGCAGCAGUGGCUCCUACUUGCAGGGCAAAGAGCUAUUCUGUGGAGGCAUCCGGGGUUUCUGCGAGAACGUUAUUGUACGAGUGUCAUCAAGAAGACCAAAUAAGACAGCAGAUAAUCCGGGUAAUGUAAAACAAAAUAAACGCCAUAUACCAUUUUCCUUCCACAGUUUUGUACUUUUCAUUGCUUUAUAACAAACAAUAAUCUAAUAAUUUGGGUUUAAGCUUGAGAUUCUGGGUAAAGAUUCACAUCUUUAUCGGUAAAGUCACUGAGGCAAAAAUCAGGUUGCAAAGUGAGUGAAAAUGGUCAAAAACAAAAUAAGAUAGAUGUGCAUGUGUGAAUGCUUCUGCUUUUUGGUGCAAAGAAACUCAAGUAUCCAUUUGAUGAAUCCCAAUUUAGUUUUUUUUGUUCCCGUGUCGUUCAAACUGGUCAUCUGCUAAUAGCGCGCUAGAGUUUUGAGGACAUUAGCAUGAAGAAUAUGAUAAAGGAUCUGCUAAACAAAUGCAUUGUGAUCAGCAGAGAAGGAGCUGGUCAUGGGGAUGAUCCGAGAAGCUCUGAAGGAUUUUGACCUCUCUGUUCGCAAUAGGACAGGUUUGCAGCACCUCCCAGCUUUCCGUACCAGCUCAUCUUCACCAGCGUCCGCUUCACCAAGCAACCAUCUGUGGAAGGCAGCAUGGAGAUCAAGGUCAGGCUGAUUUCUCGUACCUCCUCAGCAUUUAUAAGGCUGUCAUGUUUUUUUUUUUAUGUCUCUAUAGCUCGCACCAAGCAAAUCAACCUUGCACAAAUGAACGACCAGAAAGAAUCCGAGGCGCUGAAGUCCUUGAAGUCCAUGCAGGUCAUGAUCAGGCCUAGGAUUCUCCGGCCCAACACCGGGAGAAUGCAUGCAAUCCUUUUUGCUUUUUGUUCUGUUACAUGUCAUGGUUUCUAUAGCAUACAAAUGAAUGACCUUGUUUAUGUCGUGCCAUAUAGAGAGUAUUUCUAGGACCUUCCUUGUUCUAUGGUGAAAUGAAUAUAUGACAUUUAUUUUUUCAAAAUAAGAUUUGCCACAAUAUUCAACUCAUUGCAGCUUUCCCCUUAUCCACUAAAGGUCAGACAUAUAGACAUAGGCUCAAAUAUAUUGUACACCCCUACUAAACGGAUAUCCCCCAGCAAGUUGGGGCAAACACUAAAGCUUUAUUGUGGCAAUUAGCAAAGGUAUUGCAUCAUUUUGACAGGAUAUUUGACCUCUUGUUCUAAGCUAUACAUUUUGAGUAGAGUUUAACUAUUGUAACUACUUGUGAUAUUUCUGUUUUUGGUAUUUUUCUUUUAUCGGAAUGUCUAAUUUUGUCCAAGUUUCUAAACUAUUGAAGAUGCAGAACACCAGCACCACUGACCACAGUGAAGCACGUUUGACAUAAAGAUCAACUGAGAAAGCGUUGACUAAGAAAAAAACAAAAACAACUGAGCUGUUGUUGGAUGUUGCACCCUGACCGGGGUUCUGAGCAUACAUGCGUACCGGUUUGGAAAUGAAUGCAGCUGAGUCACGUUAAGCUCCUGGAAUUGUUCUAAACUCAAAGUUCAUUAAAAACCUAUAUAUCUAUCUAUGUAGUUUUCUAAUUGGAUUUGACUGGAUACAAAAGGUUACUCUUUUGCUGUUAAGGUAGGUGGUCCGCAGCUGAGAGUUGGUGCUGUCUUUGUGUCUCUGAUGUUUGAAAUAUAUCUCACUUAGAGACAUUUUGUCAAAAUAAGCGAAUUAAAGUUAAUGCAUAAUAUUGGCCCUGUCAGGAUUACAGAAAGUUCAAAUUGCUAAAUCCAAUUAUUAUUAUAUUUUAUUCAUUGAAGUUUUUUUAUAUAUAUAUAAUCCUUCAC